AGCUGAUAUGGUUUGUAUAACAAAACCCUAAAAAUACCGUGAUUAAGAUAAAAAGCAAAACAAAACCCUAAAAAUAGAAAUUACAAUACCCAAUAAAGUUAAUAGCGACUUUAAUCGGUAGAGAUUUCGUCUUCCUCCACCAGCUUCUGUUGUUCUUAAUCACUAGAUCCCUUGUUUUUGACGUGACGAAAAGCCUGAGAUUGAAAUUUGUGUACUAUGUUAGAAGAUGAAGUUUGGUGAGACGUUCACGGAAUAUCUACAUGGAGAAGAGGAAUGGUUCCUGGAGAAGUGUCGCUUCGUUGAAUAUAAGAAACUUAAGAAAGUGUUGAAGAAGUGCAAGACAUGUAACUCUACAAAAUCUGAUGAUGGACAAAUCAUCCCAUCUGCUACUUCUUCAUCUUUGUCUGAUUCAUGCGAAUGCAAAGCUUGCCCUUGGUGUGAUCAGAUGUUCUUCGAGGAGCUGAUGAAAGAAGCUACUGACAUAGCGGGAUUUUUCAGGUCAAGAGUGAGGCAUCUUCUCCAUCUUCAUGUAGCCACUGGGAUGCAGAGAUACAUGAUUCGCCUACGCAGAUGCUUCACUGACGAAAAACAAGCUUUAGUCCAAGAGGGCCAAAUCUUGAUUCAAUACAUCACCAUGAAUGCAAUUGCUAUCCGUAAAAUCCUCAAGAAAUAUGACAAGGUGCAUAGCUCAGAGAAUGGGAAGAAUUUCAAGUUGAAAAUGCGAGCGGAGCGCAUAGAGCUCUUGCACUCACCAUGGCUCAUAGAACUUGGAGCCUUUUAUCUCAACUCUGGGCUAGAUAAUGUUGGAAACUUCAAGAAUUCGUUUGGCCGUGUCGCUUGUGAAAAUCUCAACGAAGAUCAACCAGUGCUAAAACUCAUGCUGCCUAACUCAAUAGAGCUGGAGUAUGAUCUAACUUGUGCAAUCUGCCUCGUAAUAAAAAAUCUCUUUGCAUUUUUUCACAAAUAAAAUGUAGUUUGCAUAUCUGGAGGUGAAAAUAGUAAUUUGUUGUGGAUAAAUUUGGGCAGGAAACGGUAUUCAAUCCCUAUGCUUUAAAGUGCGGUCACAUAUUUUGUAACUCGUGUGCAUGCUCGGCUGCUUCUGUAUUGAUUUUCCAAGGCAUUAAAGCAGCGCCCCGACAUUCAAAAUGUCCCAUCUGCAGAGAGGCUGGAGUUUACGCGGAAGCAGUUCACAUGAUCGAGCUGCAUCUUCUUUUAAAGACACGAAGCAAAGAAUAUUGGAAGGAGAGGAUGAUGAAUGAACGGUCUGAGAUGGUGAAGCAGUCGAAGAUGUUUUGGAAUGAACAGACGAAGCAUAUGAUCGGUUAUUAAUGGUGUAUCUCUUCAAGUUCAAUUAUUAACUUCAUCUAAACAAAAGGUGAUGACAAAAAAAAAGAUAUAUUACUUUUAUUUGUUUCUGCCGUGCCCGAGACAUUACAGAUUCGAGAGAGAAUCAUAAUUAGGAGAGGUUUAUUUUAUUUUUUUUCUUUGGUGAGACAUAAAUCGAGUUGUGUUUAAAUACUUUUUUGUGUUGUUUAAGAUGUUAUUGGAUGUUGUUCCUUAUUAAUUGUUUAAAAGACAAGUCAAUAGAUUACACACGUUCAUC